AUGUCGCUCGCAUCUGGAGUUACCAUCGAUGACAACUGCCUCACGGAGUUCAACAACUUCCGUCUGAGCCACGGCAAGACCAAGUACAUCAUCUUCAAGAUCUCCGACGACAAGAAGACUGUCGUUAUCGACAAGGUUGGCCACGACCAGGACUACGAGGUCUUCCGCAAGGACCUCGAGGAUGCUAAGGACAGCACCGGUAAAAUCGCUCCUCGUUACGCUGUCUACGAUGUCGAGUACGAGCUCGCUGCCGGCGAGGGCAAGCGAAGCAAGAUCAUCUUCAUCUCCUGGGUUCCCGAGGGUGUCCCCACCUUGUGGUCUAUGAUCUACGCUUCCACCCGCGAGAACCUCAAGAACGCCCUGAACCUUUCCAGCUCUAUCCACGCCGAUGACAAGUCCGACAUCGAGUGGAAGACCGUCCUCAAGGAGGCUAGCGGUGGUAAGGCUUAA